GAAAGUGACAUGGCAUCUGAUUAACUCAUGUCCUUGCGUCUUCCAUUCGUAAAUAUAUUGAAUUUACUGCCAUAAAAUUUCUUAAUGUAUCUGUGUUCAAGUAUUCUUCAUACUUUUUGUAACGAAUUUACAUGUUUGUUGAGAAAAUAUAAGUCAAAGACAACGUGUUUCUCAAUUGCUGCUGGUUAGUUUGAACAGCAAGGUCAAUCAGUUUCUGUAAAUUCCAUUUUUGAAUCUGGCCGUACUUUAAACUGAUAAUGCGUUCGGUUACGAGAUAGGUGCGUCAAAAAAAAUUCAGCUCUCAUUACGAAAUGAGAACUUUACUGGGUUUGGUGAUUUUUGUAGUUGUUUGCGACGCGCAAUUCCAGGAUUGGCUCAGAGAUCUCAGAGGAUUUUUUGCACUCAGUGAUGGAGAUGUGGAAGAUAGCAAUAGUUUCAAGGAGUUUUAUGACUUUGUUAUUAUUGGGGCAGGUUCCGGUGGUUGUGUGGUUGCAAAUCGCCUCACCGAAAAUCCAAAAUGGAACGUGCUCCUACUAGAAGCUGGUGAAGAUGAAAAUUUUCUCAGCGACGUACCACUGAUGGCUGCAUUUCAAUCCAGCACCGGCUUCAAUUGGGGCUACAAAAGUGAAAAACUGAAAACUGGCUGUCUUGGUUUGAAAGAUGGAAGAUGUAACAUGGCUCGAGGAAAAGCCUUGGGCGGAACUUCUGUCAUCAAUUUCAUGAUGUACACACGUGGGAAUAGACUGGAUUACGAUUCUUGGGCAGCAAUGGGCAACGAUGGUUGGAGCUAUGAAGAUGUUCUUCCGUAUUUCAUGAAAUCCGAAAAUUGCACACUUUGUGGAGAGAUUGAUGAAGACUUCCAUCAUAGAGGAGGCUACCUGAAUAUUGAACAUCCUGGGUAUGAAAGUGAGUUUGUGAAGUUGUUUAUGAAGGCUGGUCAGGAUUUAGGAUAUACAAACAAUGAUCCCAACGGAAAAUUAGGAUUAGGUUUUUCCAGGGUGCAAGCUACUUUGAAAAAUGGAAGGCGAUACAGUGCUGCCAAAGCAUUCAUCAAACCGAUACAAAACAGACCGAAUCUUCACAUAUCGCUCAAAUCUAGAGUCACCAAAAUUCUGAUAGAUCAAUCAUCUAGGCGUACUUAUGGAGUGGAGUUUCUCAAAAACAGAAAGAAGUUCGUUGUUCAUGUUAAGAAAGAAGUCAUACUAAGCGCAGGAAGUAUCAAUAGUCCUCAUUUACUUAUGCUGUCCGGCAUAGGUCCGAAAGAACACCUUGAGAAAGUUGGAAUACCCCUGCUUCAGGAUCUUAGAGUUGGUUACAACUUUCAAGAUCAUAUGGCGAUGUCUGCGUUAGCCUUCAUGGUGAAUGCUAGUGUUACGGUGUCUGAUUCCUCUGUUCAGAAUCCAAGAGAUGUCUACAACUACAUCUUCAGAGGUAAGGGUCCAUACACAAUACCAGGAGGAGCAGAAGCAUUAGCUUUCGUCAAAACCAAAUACGCGCCGAACAAAACCGACAAUUACCCGGACAUGGAACUAGUUCUAGGUGCUGGAGCUCUUAACGGAGACGUCUUUGGAAGUUUCCGCAAUUUGUUAGGAAUAACAGACAGUACAUUCCAACAAGUAUACCGUCCAAUAAUAGGAAAACCAUCAUUCAGUAUCGCUCCAGUUUUACUGAAGCCGCUAAGUCGAGGCAGGAUCAUGUUGAAGGAUUCAAACCCAUUGCAUUGGCCAAUCAUCGAUCCUAAUUACUUUUCUGAAGAGAAAGAUGUGGCAACUAUGGUUGAGGGAAUCAAAAUGGCAAUCGCAAUAGCUCAUUCAGACCGAUUCAAAGUCCACGACACCAAAUUGAACCAACUACCGUUUCCUGGAUGCGAGCAACUUCCUUUUGGAACCGACCAGUACUGGGCCUGCACAGUCAGAUACUACUCAACAACUCUAGGCCAUCAUGUUGGAACUUGCAAGAUGGGUCCUGAAGGCGACCCAUAUGCUGUAGUUGAUCCCCAACUGAAAGUUCAUGGAGUAGAGCGACUUAGAGUCGUGGAUGGAUCCAUCAUGCCCAAUAUUGUUGCUGGGCACACCAAUGCUGUGAUAUUUAUGAUAGGAGAAAAAGCUUCUGAUCUCAUCAAGAAUGACUGGAAUGAGUGAAUGUUUUUGAUUCAUACUACACUUUAGUCUUAGGAAUAUAUUCAUAUGUUAUUAUUUGUUUGAGCAGAACUCGAUGCAGAAGUUUUUUCAAACGUUCACAAUGUUAUUAGAUGCGACAGAAGAUUCCAAUGAAGGAAAAAGUAAGAGAAAAAGCAGUAUCAAUAGCCAUUCGGAUUCAUUUGGUUUUUAUGCAAAUAAAUGUAUCUGUAGUAAUUUCUGAUACUCCUAGUAUCAGUAGAUGUACUAGUUGAUCAAUAGUGAUUCAAAUACCACCAAACAUAUCCUCAGAAGAUUUCCAGGAUUUCGUUACAAUCUCUAUGAUAGAGCAUUUUUAUCAUAAGAAUGUUCUACUGAUUGGUAAUUUCAAUACAUCUCAAGUACAGACCGUAACAAUGGUAGACGGAAAAUUAAAAAAAAACAUCAAUGUCUUCCAUUUUGAACAAUGUAACGAAGCAUUGAAAGAGAGCAACCGUUCUUUUUGUUCCGUUCUAAUAAAAGAAAUUCGAAAAGUUGAGAGAGAUUUAGAUCGUUCAGUGAAGGAGAUAAUUACCAUAUGUCGCGUAUAUUUGUGCUUCGACAUAUCAGAAUACUUCAGCUUCAGAGAGGGUGAUUAUCCGAUUAAGGAUCUUCUUGAAUUGAAAGAAGACCAAAAUAUGUCUUCAAUGAUGGGCUGAAAGAAAUUGUGGAAAACUUUGAAGGAAUCAAAGUUGAGCUGGGCAAAACAAAACAGAAAAUCGCUCUCCAUCGGAAAUGGUGGAAUAAAUUGUUUGCUGGAGGAGACCUUACCUCAGGCAGAUAAGCGAGUUUUGGCGUGAAAAUAAAAAGAUUUAUUAUAUGGUCGAAUUGACUCAACAAAGAAUAUACCGUUGGGAAUAUGUGGCAAAAUAAAAACAUUACAAGUUCAUGUCAUGCAUUAUGAGACGGCUAGUCUACCAGAUUUAAAGACGCCUUCUGGAAAAGGAAAACUACUAAUCAUUACCCACAUUGGAAGUGCUGAUGGCUUCGUCAAGGAUUGCUAUUGAUGUCUGAUUUAAAAUAUUCAGGCCAUUGUCAUGAAGAUGAUGAUCUGCAUGAAGAAUAUUUUGAGCAAAUGUUAGACCUCGUUGUUAUGGAUAAUGAAAGUUAUCAUACCUGAAAAGUUGAGAGAAUAUCAACUCAUGCAUGAAGAAAAGCAGAUAUCAUUGCGUGGCUUCGACAUUUGAUGAAAGUGUGGUUGAAAGGAAAUAUUGUCUACAGUCUAAUAAAGAAUAUUACUGGAGUC